AUGGCUGCCUAGUGCAGAAGCCGGCAAAGAUGUGUCAGUGGAUGAAAGAAAAAUUGCCAAAGAGACAGAGUGGCCGGGAGUUACUGUGGUGAGUAAAUGCAGGUAGACUACUGCAUUAUUUGUGGUAGAAUGCAAUCCCAAAGCAAGAAUAGGAAUCCCAGCCUUAAAACAGUAGGAUUUCAGUCAAUAUGAUCUGAGAACCGCUGUGCUCCUGUUGCUGUAGUGAUUCUCCCAUCCAUGUUGAAAAAAUAUUAUUCUGAGAUGAGAAAAUUAUUUUUCCAGGAAUUGGAUGGACUUCAUAUGCUGGGUGAUGGCCUAUAUCAGUGGUGGCGAACCUAUGGCACCCGUGCAACAGUGGGCACACAGAGCCCUCUCUGUCGGCAUGAGAGCCAAGUCAACCUAGCAUCAAACCAGCACCUGAGCAUCGGAUACCAGCGCAAAUAGGGGACACGCAUAUGCUCAGAAAGGAGUAGCAGCUCCAGGAAAUGACAUCACGGGCUGCAACUCAUUAGCUGCGAUUCGUCCGAGCUUUCACAUAGGCAGUCAGUGCACUGCCACGGAUAUACAUGUAUGCUAGGACUGGCUACCCUGCAACAUGGAAACAUUCAAGGCACCUUUCUAAAGGGAUCGAUACUGAGGAAUGGGGGAAAUUUUUACAUACAAAAAACAAGCUCUAUACUGACUUCGAUGAAAUUAGACAAGAAAUAGAAAGUGAAACUGAAAGGAUUUCUGGAAAUAAUAAGGGUAUCAGCCCUGAACCUAUUCAUCUAAAGAUUUUUUCACCAAAUGUUGUCAACCUGACCCUUGUAGAUCUUCCUGGAAUGACCAAGGUACCUGUGGGUGAUCAACCAAAGGAUAUUGAACUUCAGAUCCGAGAACUCAUCCUUAGAUUCAUUAGUAAUCCAAAUUCCAUUAUUUUGGCAGUCACUGCUGCCAAUACGGACAUGGCCACCUCCGAGUCACUUAAAAUAGCACGGGAAGUAGACCCAGAUGGGAGGCGUACCCUUGCUGUUAUCACAAAGCUAGAUCUCAUGGAUGCGGGCACUGAUGCAAUGGAUGUCCUUAUGGGAAGAGUGAUCCCUGUUAAGCUCGGCAUCAUUGGUGUGGUCAAUAGGAGUCAGUUAGAUAUUAAUAACAAGAAGAGUGUGGCUGAUUCGAUUCGUGAUGAGUAUGCUUUCCUUCAGAAGAAGUAUCCCUCUCUAGCCAAUCGGAAUGGAACAAAGUACCUCGCUAGAACACUCAACAGGCUGCUCAUGCAUCAUAUCAGAGACUGCUUGCCAGAACUGAAAACCAGAAUCAAUGUGCUAGCAGCUCAGUACCAGUCUCUGCUGAACAGCUAUGGAGAGCCUGUAGAUGACAAGAGUGCCACUUUACUACAGCUAAUUACCAAAUUUGCCACCGAAUAUUGCAACACCAUUGAAGGGACAGCCAAAUACAUAGAGACUUCAGAAUUGUGCGGUGGAGCUAGGAUUUGCUAUAUUUUUCAUGAAACCUUUGGACGGACCUUAGAAUCUGUUGACCCUCUAGGUGGCCUUAAUACCAUUGAUAUCUUGACGGCCAUUAGAAAUGCUACUGGUCCCCGUCCUGCCUUGUUUGUGCCUGAAGUUUCCUUUGAGCUGCUAGUAAAGAGGCAGAUCAAACGUUUGGAAGAGCCCAGCUUGCGAUGCGUGGAGCUUGUCCAUGAAGAAAUGCAGCGGAUUAUUCAGCAUUGUAGCAAUUACAGUACACAGGAAUUGCUGAGGUUUCCUAAACUCCAUGAUGCCAUUGUUGAGGUUGUGACCAGUCUUUUGCGUCGAAGGCUGCCAGUUACAAAUGACAUGGUUCACAAUCUGGUAGCCAUUGAGUUGGCCUAUAUCAAUACCAAACACCCAGAUUUUGCAGAUGCUUGUGGGCUAAUAAACAAUAACAUAGAGGAGCAAAGGCGGAACAAGCUAGCUAGAGAGAUGCCUUUCAGUGGCUCACGAGACAAGUCAGCGAAGCCUCCUGGUGCUUCGGCACCAUCUUCCCAGGAGAACUCUGCUGCUGGUUCUGCUGAGGUUGAUGGCAAGGUAGCCCCUGCGAUGGGAGAUGGAGCCCCAGAGUCUGGAACAGGCAACUGGAGGGGAAUGCUGAAAACCUCAAGAACAGAGGAGGUACCAGCUGAGGAAAAACCAAAACCAGUAACCAUCUUACCUGCCAGCCCUCAAAAAGGCCAUGCUGUAAAUUUGCUGGAUGUGCCUGUUCCUGUGUCACGCAAGCUUUCUGCUCGGGAGCAACGAGACUGUGAGGUGAUUGAGCGCCUAAUUAAAUCCUACUUUCUAAUUGUGAGAAAGAACAUUCAGGACAGUGUACCAAAGGCAGUUAUGCAUUUUCUGGUCAACCACGUGAAAGACACUCUUCAGAGUGAACUAGUAGGACAGCUGUACAAAGCCUUAUUGCUGGAUGACCUUUUGACUGAAUCAGAGGACAUGGCUCAGCGCAGGAAGGAGGCGGCUGACAUGCUACAGGCAUUGCAACGAGCCAGUCAGAUUAUUGCUGAGAUCCGAGAGACACACCUUUGGUGAAGAAACCAACGACUUGAGAUUGCUAGGCAUUAUAUACUUAUGAACUCCUUAUGUGUACUGCUGUGUAUAAACCCGCUCAUGUAAAGACAGUUUGGUCUGGCUUUUUAUGGACAGAAGAGCAUGCUGUACUUUACAAAACAAGUCAUAUUUAAUCAACAUUUUCCCUGCCAGCUUCCCAGUGCAGAGAACAAGAUCAUUCUCCUAAGAGAGACUGAACUUAAUUGAAUAUGAUUCUAUGAAGAUAGGGAAAGAACCAUGUAAAAAUUCCAGUGCCUGCCUUGCUAAAUGAGUUGCCUGUGAAUAGGAUGAACAGUGUGUAGUAUUGUGAUGUAGCUGUUCAGCUGCUUUUGCAGUAUCAGUUUUUUAGCCAUGAAGAAAGGAUAACACAACUCUUAUGAAUUAAAUUGCAUGCACUCAAGUCUCAUUUAAACGGCACAGUAGCCUUAUAAUUGUGUAACAUGUGGCCUCAUUUUUUAGAACUUUAAAUGAAAUAGUUGGUUAACUUCCAAAUUCCAUUGGUUAACUUCUCCUUUAACAAGAAAGAGAUUCUGCUUAGGGACAGUUUCAACCAAAGAACAAUACAAGAGUUGGUAAGAAUCUCACUGGUUAGAAACUGCAGUCUAAAAAAUGCCAGAUUAAAAGGUUCUAUGGCAGAUCAAUUUCUCUAUCUUCACAAACAUUGAAAAAAGGCAGCUGUAUGUCAGAUUAACUUGAAAGACCACAACACUUUCCUGUGUUGUCAGGGGUUACUGCCACUACAAGACAGAGUCUAUUUCAUUGCUUAAUUAUCAUAACCUGUAAAAUCCAUAGCAAUGAUACACUUUUCCCUGAAGCAUUUUAUCAUUUUACCCUUGUGCUUAAAGCACACCAUAUAUAUGGCACUCAUACUAUAUAGGAAAACAGGUAUAUGGUCAGGACUGAAGUAGGCGUGAGUAUGUUUAGUUUGCUUUGUGCUGCUUAUGCUAGAGAAUAGAUACACUAUCUUCUUCAACCAAUACUUGUUUAAAAAUAAAAUCCUUGGGCGUCAUACAUAGUGUACAGAACUUCUUCCACUCAGCCCUUACACAACAAAGUAAAAAAACAAUUUGCUCUAAAACAUUAAAAACAAGAAUUUUGAAAUUUAGUAAGAACAUAUAAUAGUUUGAAAAUAUUCUAGAUUUCUCAAGUAUGUCGAAACUUAUGUGUCUGCAGUUGGCAUCCUCCAAAUCUAUACCCACAACUAACAUAAUCUUAUAUGCUAAUAAAACUGUAUCUGAGUAUUUCUGGGACUUUGGUAAAUCUGUUGUGCAAGAUGGGUACUGAACUCAAUGACCUUGUUUGCAAAUAGGCACUCCUACAACAGAUUGUGGAUUAUGUGAGUGUUGUUUAGUUCUCAUCUGCCCCCUGCUGACCAGGCUUGCAUGACAUUUGUUGGGAGCUGUGUAUUUUGUAAUGGUGGCUAGUACAUGCUGCAGCUACUUGAGAGUAAAUUGCACAAAUUUGUUGUGCAAACCAGGUCAGAGUAUGGAUUGAAUCAUGAAUUGUUGUGACAUGCAAACCCUGCACUAUAGUUAAACUAUAGCUUAACCACGAACGACCCAGGAAGAGAACUGAUGGUUAAACUGUUGAAUCAUGAACUUUGGGUUGGUCAUACUUAACCUAGGUUAACCCAUAGUGCAGGGUCUGGCCAUAACAAACAGCCCGUACUCUAAGCUUUUAUGUAUUCAGAUCAUAAAGAAAUGCUACUAUCUUUCUGAGUGGUAAGUUAUUAAUUUCUGUCACUGAGUUUGGUGAAUCUUCAUGAAUGCUUGCUGCUAACUCAGAAUCACCUAUUUCUUUGAAUUCAGCUUUCUACUAGUUAUACUUCCCUGAUUUCGCCAUCUUACCUCCCUCCCUUCACCCUGACAAACCCUUCACCGAUGUACGUGGUGUACUGGCCAAACCAGUUGCAUCUGUCACAUUUGUACCUGCAUUUGCUCCACCACUACACACACUUCUGUGGUAAGAGUCCAAUGAUAGUUGCUCAACUGCUGAGGCAAAGGGUGCUAAUGUUUGAUUACACUUUAGUCAAAGAUGGAAUAGUCUAAAAGCUACUGGUUUUUCUGCUUUCCUUUAAACUAACACUACAGACUGUUUAACUGAAGGCUUAAUCUGUAAGUGUUAAGAGUCCUUUCCAGAACUGCUUUGAUGGAAAUACAUGGAUUUUUGCUGCCUAAAAUUUUAAAUGUAGUUCAUUAAUUAAUCCUAUCUUUAAAGGGAUAAAAAGUAUACAUUGUCAAAUAUUACUAAAUGUACAAGUUUUAAUUUAAUCUGCUUAAAAGGUGGCAGUUCUUUCAGUGACUUUUAUAUGUAUAUUUUGCAGAUCUCAGGUGAGUAUCCAACUAUAGCAAUAUCAUCUAUCUGCUCCUGUGAUUUUAAAGGGACACAAGCAAAUAUACAAUUGUAUUCCCAUUCUGGUGCCAGUAGACAUGAACUGAAGCAGAACUAGAUAUGAAUGUGUGGGGUAACUGUUAUCCUCUAGCAUAGAUCUCUCUCUCUCUCAGCACAUUACUAAUGUCCCAACCAUGGGCUGCAUCACAAAGGCCAAGUAUUAUCAGUAUGAAUCAGAGACCAGCUUGCCCUGCAAAAGCUUUAGUUAAAUUUUGCUCUUCUAGCUUUUGAAGGGGAAGCCAAUAUUUACUAACCGAAUUCAUUCUUAGGCUAGGAUUAGACUUGGUAAAGUAGCCAGUUUCAAAUUAUGUAGCUGCAAAUUGUUCAAGUAUUAGGAACAGCUGAGAGUAAAUUUAAAAUGGCAGCUGCUAAUGUCAAUUCUGUGUAAGCACUUUCAUUAUUGCUUGGACAGGACAAAAAGCACAACCUUUUUACAAGUUUAGCAUGUGAUGUACAUAGUAUGCAAUUUGGGGUCAUCAAGAUUUUCAUUUGGAGCAGUUUUUCUUCCUGUCUUCGGUAGACUUCUGCAUCUAAGGCAAUGGAAGCCUCAUCUGACAUAGCUGUACAUCAUGUUUAUUUCAAAAAUCAUUGUCUACGUUUAUGAUAAAAAAAUAUAAAGUUGCUGAAGACCUUUAACCUAUACAGACAGAAGAUCAGAUCUCUAAUAACAGUACCGUAUGUAUGUAGUUACUAUUGUAAAUAAAGCUGAUUGUGUGAAAGUUGCAGUUUUACAUCAAUAAAUCACCUUUUGAAGUAUG